AUGACAACUCCCUCUAAACAGGCUUCUAGAUGGGGCUCACUUCUUCAACAAGCCGUUGCUGGAGUAGAAAGCCGAUUAGACAACAUACUUGCCGAGGGGACUGACGAUAUAUCAUCUCCACAAGCGACGAAAAACCCCAUUUCAUCACCCUCUAGAACCCUUCCGAAGCCAGAAGUCUCUACACCUAGAAAAGUUCGUAAUGUCAAUAAGGCAAACGAUCGUUUGCAAGAAAGACUCGCGAGAGCAGUUUCGUCCCAAAAUAUAACACCUAAGGAUAAAUUAUUAUCAUUAGCUUUAACAUCUGAGCGUAAUGGCUCAAGUAAGAUAGAAGAAAGUCCUCGAACAAGCAUCGAUUCAAUCCCUAACAAUCCCCUUGAAAAUGACUCUGAUGUAGAAGCAACAAGAACUGCAAAAUUGGAAGAGGAAAGCUCCGAUAAAUAUCUUUCAAUUCAAUUAGAUUCUCUAACUCCAGAGGGUGUUGGUCCCCAUGGAAUUAAAACCGAGAAAGAUGUCACAAGUUCAAAAAUUGGCGACAACCAAGGAGAAAUCUCUUUUGAUUUAACAAGACCAAGUAGCCUACGUUUAUCUGUAGACUCUACUACACCAAAAAUUUUCCCUCCGAUGAAAACCAAGGUAGACUCCGCAAUUAACUCGAGUGCAUUAUCAGAGAAUGAAGCCAACUCAGAGAAGAAUGAAGCCAACUCAGAGAAGAAUGAAUCACAUAAUCUUGUCGCAGAAUCGCAACGUCAAGAAGAAAUUAACAAUUACAUCGAAAAAAUAGACGCUCUGCAGACCAAAUUACAGUACUUGGUAAAGGAAAGCGCCGAGAAUGCAAAAUUGAAUGGAGCCGUGGCAUCAACUGAUAGUCUCGAGAAAAAGUUGGCGGAUAAAGAGCUACAGGUGGCCCUGCUCAUGGAAGAAGGACACAAUCUCUCUAAAAAAGAGCUUAAUUAUCUUGCAACCAUUAAGAAACUGAGGGCUAAGAUUCAAGUAGACAGUAAAGAGCUAUUAGCCAAUACAAAGAAGCUAGAGCACGCAGAGAGUACUGCUCUUAUCGCUUCGGAGCAACUUAAAAAGGCGCAAAUAUUUGAAAAUCAGGUGAAUGAGAAAAAUAGAACUAUAGUUCAGUUGCAGCAAGAAGCCAGUCAGUUUCGAUCUGAAAUCCAAACAAAUCGCAACAAUAUUUUAGAUUUGAAAACCCGUCUAGACGAUGCAAUCUCUCGAGAGAAAGUGAUUGAUUCGCAGCGGAUACAUGAAUCUCUUGAAAUAGAAAAAAAAAGGGUUGCUCUACUCACAGAAGAAGUCAAAAAACUGGAAACUGAGAAGAGAUCGAUAUCUGAAAAAGCACAAUCACAGUUAAAAGAAAUCACAGAAAAGAUGGAAAAAAACUCUGAGUGUGCUCGAGCCACCACCCUUGAAAUGAAGAAUGAACAAAGAAUACUGGAAAGUAAACUGGAAACUAUGAGGGCUAGAGCAGAAGAAGUAUCUUCUGGGGCUGCUGGCGAUGCACAGGCAAAGCUAUUGCGACAGAUUGAGACAUUACAAACACAGUACUCUGUAGCAAGUGAAAAUUGGCGUGGUAUUGAGGCCUCUCUGAUUACCAGAGCUUUGAAUCUAGAAAAAGAAAGAGAUGAAGCAGCUCGUCGAGAAGUAGAUAUCCGUCGAAAAGCUCGAGAUGCGGGCCUCAAGGCUAAGAGUUUUGAAGAGGAAGCUGAUGAUUUGCGAACAGCAGUUUCUAUCGCUCAACAAAAGCUGUCUGAGACUGAGUUAGAACUAAAUACCUUACGAAAAAGAGCAGAGGAUGCUGAGUCAUCACUCCAACGUCUUCAGAAAGAUUUUGAUGCAGAAAAAUCUGCUUGGAAGCAGGAAACACAGCAUCGCUUGGAAGAAGAGAAACAGAAAUGGCUUGAAACCAUUUCAAACUCUAAUACAACCCCUAGAAACCGUGUAACUACCUCUCUUAUCUCCACCAAAAGCCAAAUACAGGAACACAUUUUUUCGCAAAAUGCGCAGAGUCAAAGAAACUCCCUUCGUUCAAUAAUGUAUGAACCGAUUUCUACCUUAAACAUGUCCAAUCGCCGAUCUUCAGGCCAAGUAUUUCAACGCUCCUCAGGGAUGUUUCGCCAAGACUCAACUACAUCACUCAAGGAAGAAAUGGAGAACAAUGUCUCGCCAAUAGACCACGAAGACUAUCUCGAAAAUGAUAAUUUAUCUUCUCCUCACUUUCAGAGUGCAGUUGACUUGACAUCGAUAUCUACAGCUGGAGCUGGGCCAUCUGUGCAACUAGUUGAGCGUAUGUCAUCGGCUGUUCGUCGGUUAGAAUGUGAAAAAGCGGCCACUAAAGAAGAUCUAGCAAGAUUGUCGAUCCAGAGGGACGAAGCAAGGGCUGAAAUCAUUAAAUUAAUGCGGGAAGUGGAGAAUAAGAGGGAGAUCGAAUCUAAGCUUUUGAUGCUAGAAAAAGAGAUGAACGAAGUCAAGGAAAGGUAUGAGACGACAUUAAUUAUGCUAGGGGAAAAAAGUGAAGAAGUUGAUGAGUUGAGAGGAGAUAUUGCUGAUAUCAAAACUAUGUAUCGGGAAUUGGUCGAAAGAACGAUCAAGUAG